UCCCUCUUCACUCUCCGCCCGACUGAAGCCAUCGUCAUGUCUGAGAAGGUCAAGGAAGUGGCCGCUGAAGAGCUGCACCAAGCCAAGGUCAUAGCCGUCGAUGCUGUCCGUUCCGGCGCCUACCUCUAUCCUCUUAAGGGCAUCUACUACUUCGCGACGCACAAGGCGCUAUGGAAGCCUCUCCUAAACAAACUCCUGCCAACCGCCUCCCUCGGCGUAGGAGUAACCGCUCUCAUGUUUGCUGUCACCUAUGUGCCCCAAGCUGCCGUCUUGACUCUCGUGAACGGUCCUCUCGCCAUCCUCACCACUGUGCUCCUUGUGCUCUCUGAGUCUUCCACCAUCUUUUCCGUGCUGUCCAAGAACUUCCUCAUCGAUGAUGCCCUGAUUGAUACCUUCGAUGGCACUCUCAUGACGCGCAACCUGACGACUCUCGUCGCCACCGAUCGCCAGAUCAAGAGCAGCAGUGACCCCAUUGCCCGCAUGGGCAAGAUUGCCAGGAAGCCCUUUGAGCGAUUCACCCCCAAGGCCAUCAUUAGGUACUUCCUGUACCUCCCUUUGAACAUGAUUCCUAUCGUUGGCACUGUCAUGUUUGUCAUUCUGCAGGGCAAGCGUUUUGGCCCAACGGCCCAUGCACGCUACUUCCAACUCAAGCAGAUGAAGAAGAGGGAACGGGAAGAAUUCAUUUCCGCCAGGAAGGCUGCCUACACCAGCUUCGGUGUCCCGGCCGUCCUCCUCGAAUUCAUCCCUCUCGUCGGCAUCUUCUUCACCUUCACCAACACUGUUGGUGCUGCUCUGUGGGCUGCCGACAUGGAAGGCAAGAGUGGAAAAUCCGCAGACACCACUGCACCCAACCUGCGCCACCAAGCCGAGUUGGCUAAGAAGUCAGAGUAAGAGGGCCACGAAACACAGAUAUCAAAUUUCAUGCCUUCCUACUCUCCUUCCUUGCCUCGGAUAUCAAAUACACACUUGUUGCAACAGAAGUUUCUUCAGGUCUAUCAAUGCU